AUGGCAACGCUCACUCUGGGCCAGAUGCUGGAUGCUGCCCUCGGGUCAUUGAGAGAUGGACUCGUUGACUUUGAGCAGCUGCACAACCUCCUGAACGCCAUGCUUUUGCACCUGGGCCUGAGGGAUCUGCUUGUCCAGAAGAAUGGGGAACCACUGGAGGGGGCCGAGGAAAGCCCUUUCUCUUUCCUUAAGGAGUUAAAGCAGAAAGUGGAAGCCAAUGAAAAAGAAAUCGCCGAGGUGCGGGCUCUUUGCCAGGAGCUGCGUGAGGAGGUCAAUGUGGUCAAGGAGGAGCAGUCCCAGAUGGCAGAGGACAUGCAGUAUAUGCUACAGAAUUUUGACAUGGAAGGAUUCCAGAACAUGAUGGAUGAGUUCCGUAACCAGCUGAUGGAGUCUCUCAUGUUACCCUCGUGGAAAAGCCCAGGACACCAAGGCAUGGGGAUGGCCGGUCUGCCAGCCCUCUGCCCCCCGAUGCCAGGACAGCGGGCAGAGGGAAGGAGGCGAGUGCCAGCGGUGACCUGGUCUCUGCUGGGGAAGAUGACACGGGACAGGACGUGGAACAGAGUGACAGGGGACGGAGUGGCACGGCACGGAGGGGCAUGGGAUGGAGUGUGGGACAGAAUUACAUGGGACGGAGCGUGGGACAGAGGGACAUGAGACGAAAUGUGCAAUGGAGCGACGCAGGACAGGAGGACAUGGGACAGGAGGACAUGGGACAGAUCAAGGAUGAAGAGAUCGAGAUACGCGUCUCUAAGGUAGAGGAUCUUCCCAGCCCCCUGGGUAGUCCCUCUGAGAUGACCAGCAUGGAAGAGAUCAAGG